UACACAGAGAGAAACCCUAAAUCUCUCGAAUCAAUGGCCAAUCUCCGACGAGUCCUGAUCAACGUAUCUUCCUAUUGCCAACGUUCCCUCUCUCAAUCGCAUACGUUCGAUCUCUCUUCCGCUUCAGGGCUGUUAUGGCGAUCUGCGGUUGAAGCUCCGAAAAAUCUCGGUCAAAUGCAAGCUAAACAUAUAUCGACGACGACAGUUAUGAAGGCGGCAUCGAAAAACAGUGGCACGGAGCAAGGUGUGAAGCGAAACAGUGCCGAUCACAGACGUAGAUUGCUCGCGGCUAGAUUCGAACUGAGAAGGAAGCUCUAUAAAGCGUUUUGUAAAGAUCCAGAUCUUCCUAGCGACAUGCGAGAGAAGAAUCGCUAUAAGCUGUCGAAAUUGCCGAGAAACAGUGCCUUUACGAGGAUAAGAAACCGAUGUGUGUUCACUGGUCGGUCUCGUUCCGUGACUGAGCUAUUUCGGAUGUCUCGAAUCUGUUUCCGUGGAUUAGCUAAUAAAGGUGAAUUGAUGGGCAUCAAGAAAUCGUCUUGGUAGAGGCUGCAAGGAAGUCAAUUUGUGACCGAUUCAAGGAAGAAAUGGCAGCAAGGAAUCAAACAGCUUUUGCGGCUACGAACUUUUGUGGUAAAUACGAUUUACCCAAGUAGCUGUUGUAUGAUUGGUGUUAUCCAUCACGAAACUUAGUUUGCUUAAACACAAGUGCUGCUUCUAUUGUUUUUUUAAUGAUCUCUCAUUCAGGAUUAUGAAGUUGUUUUAGCAAUUCUCUUUGAAUAAGAUGAAGACCAUCAUAAAUUUUCAAAUUAUAUUUUCAAUUUGU